GUUUAAGACACGUCGUCAACAACAAAUAUGUCAGCAUCCUCUGAACAUCUUGAUAGUUGAAUUUUUUGCUUGUAGCAGCCUCGCGGCGGAUCCCGAGCCCAGGGCGAAGAUGUUCUCGGCUCGGCGUUGCUCAGAACAUCCCCUGCUCUCUCGAUGUUAGGAGUGAGCAUCCUUAGGCAAGAAAUCUACCCUUCGGCGUCAUGACAUCUUGGGAACUGUAGCUUCGAUAUGGCGAUAGAAGCUCGGACCCACCUCGAGGGGUGUCGCGCAACCAUCGACAACGACUCCGCUGAGUUUAUAUCCGGAGCGAUGGCGGCUCUCGUCAACAUCGUCAUCACGUUUCCCAUCAACAAGAUCAUGUUCCGUCAGAUGGUACACGGCUUCAAAACUCCGGCCGCCGUCAGCCAGCUCAAAAACGAAGGACUCGCAACUCUGUACAAAGGUUGUCUUCCGCCUCUCAUACAGAAGACGGUUUCGACGUCCAUCAUGUUCGGAACGUACGCGGCCUACCAGCGGCACAUUUCCACUCGUGCUCCCAAUCUAGGACCUAGACAACAGAAAAUACUCGCGGCUCUCCUCGCAGGGACGACAGAAGCUCUCCUGUGUCCACUGGAAAGAGCUCAGUGCCUUCUGCAAGACGUCAGACAUCAACACCGCUUCAGGAACACGGCUCACGUGUUCUCUUCUAUGCGCACCCAUGGACUUUCGGAGUACUAUCGCGGCCUGAGUGCUGUCCUGCUACGGAACGGUCCUAGCACAAUGAUGUUUUUCACCCUGCGAGACAUCGUUCGCGACGCCAUUCCGCUCGGGGAUGACGCUAAAAGCUAUCAGAAGUUAUUCGCUGAUUUCCUCAGCGGCUCCCUCACCGGCGCCUUCGUUUCCACAAUUUUCUACCCGGUCAACGUUACCAAAAUAAACAUGCAAGUCGAGUACGGAACUCCGCAUCUGAGCAUGAGACAGGCGCUGAGGCUCGCCUUCGAGACGCGCGAUCGAAGUCUCCGGAAACUUUUCUCCGGUGUUCAUCUGAAUUAUUCUAGAGCCAUGCUCUCGUGGGGCAUAACGAACGCGGCGUACGAGGUCUUCAAGCAAGAAUAUGAAACCCGCUACCGGUCGUGUGACUGUUUAUGACAUUCGAUCGCUGAAGUAGGCUAACGUCCAGCUCAAUGAUUGGCCGAUGGGGGUUUUCGGACGCUACGUCCACGAAUCGCUGCGUGCACCAUCUGACACAGAACAUUCGGAGCUGUAGAGAGAAUGUCGGCGUGCUGCAAAUGUUAUGAGGUUUUUAAUGACAAUUCGUCAAAUUACGGUCUGUACUGAAGAUCGAUGUUUCGUUACGACGAUUAGUAGUGAGAUCAGACAUCGCUCAGUGUCGAGAUGUUAGGGAGCGACGGAGAGAAAGAUUCCGAUUCGCUUUGGACGGGAUUCGCCGUCGCUUGUUGCGUUGGAUUGAUUGCAAUUAAUACCCCUUCACCAUGAGAAUUAUUGCCAGCUCCGAGGUUAUCAUAAAGAGUUCUAUAUACAACGCUGAAAGAGUAUACAUGAGACUAUUAUAUUCUACAAUAAAGGUGGGGCAGAGGCCCAUGUGUUUUU